UUGGCGGAAUAAAACAGAUGAAGGUUCUUGAGCGUUUUUCCGGCUUACAUGUUGAAGAGGGGGAGAGAAAAAAAAGAGAAAAGACGAAUGGAAAAAACUGUAAUCCACAAAACGACCUCUGCCUUGUAAACUCCACGAUACGGUCAUAAAUAGUUAAAAUGAGCUCCCAGCAAUUCCCCCGACACGGGCUGCCUGUGUCCAGCGGGGGAGCAGCUCAGAUCUCUGCUGCUGGAAACCUGGUGUCCGUCACUCAGCCGUCAAAUAUGCCAGGUGGUAGUGGUGGUGGGGAUGCAGACAGCAGCCGUGAUGCUGACCACGGCCAGCAGGAUCAUCCACCUGCUGGCGGUGCAGGAACCUUGGCGUUCAGAGAUGACAAGCAGGACACUAUGGUGGUCAGACCGUACCCACAAGUACAGACACACGGUCAGCCGCAAGUUACUCCCCAGACGGUGCCCAUCCAGCCUGGCACACCUGUGACUGUCCCUGCCACCUCUGUGCACCUCCCACAGGGCCAGCCUGCAGUCCUCACCGAGGGGCAGAUGAAGGCUGUCCUGAAGUCACCUAUGCCGAGUCGACUUAUUGCCCCAGCACCAGCUUCCAAUCAGGGGCAUAUCCCCAUACCCCCCAAGGUGCCUGGUCACAUCACUGUCACUAUAGAGAACAGUACAACGACACCAUCUAUUCCUGUGGCUACUAUCAGUGGUCAGCAGGGUCACUCCGGUAACUUGCACCACCUGAUGCAGGCGAACAUUCAGAUUAUUAGGGGCAGUGCCCCUGCACUGCAGAUUGGGACACCUGCAGUCCCUCCCCAGACCUUCACAUCCCAUUUACCUCGAGGAGCUGCUGCAGCAGCAGUUAUGUCCAGCUCUAAAACUGUCCUGCGACCAGCAACCGGAGCAAGUGCGGGCCCGGGCCAGCCCACAGUGCAGCACAUUAUCCACCAGACUAUUCAGUCCCGACCUUCUGUAACAACAACAUCUACAACCGUCCCUCCAACUAUGGUGGCCCCCAUUUCAGCAACUAGGACUCAGUCCCCAGUUAUCAGCCCAACAGUCACACACUCUGCAGACAUGGCACAUGGACGUUCUGGGCUGACCAUUCACCCUCCGCCUUCGGCCACCGUGAGCAUUCAGAGGUCUCAGACAUCUCGUGACACGGCCACGCGGAUCACACUGCCGUCUCACCCUGCAAUCGGGGGUCAAAAACCUCAGCCUCCCCACACCAUGACACAGAAACCCAUCUUUAGUCCUGUGACGCCGGUAGCUGCAGCAACUGUGGCACCAAUUGUUGCCACUAACACUGUGCCAUCAACCACGGCAAUAGGUACUGUCCCACAUACCCAAAUGACCAAUAACACUAUUGUCACCAUGACAAUGGCAUCUCACUCCUCUCAUGCUACAGCAGUGACCACCUCUGCCAUCCCUGUUGCUAAAGUGGUCCCUCAGCCCAUCGCCCACUCUUCAUCCCGCGUGCAGUCCGACUACCCCGGAGAGAGAACCAACCUCAUCCCAAUCCCAGGCCAUCGGUCGUCUCCUAAUCCUGUUACAAUGGAGGCAAGAAGUGACAACAGGCCCUCCGUGCCCGUGCAGUUCCAGUAUUUCCUGCCGGCGUACUCCUCGUCAUACACUCUGCCACACACCUACACCCCCAUCAGCAGCUCUGUAUCAACCAUCCGCCAGUAUCCCGUUACUCCUCAAGCUCCGAGUUCAGCACUUCCCACCCAAGCUGGAGUAGGCGUGGCGACCACUGUCCAUCUAAACCAAAUGCACCUGAUGGCAGUGGAUCGGAUCGGUCUCCCGUCCGCACAAAUCAGCACCCAAGGGAUCCAGCCAGCGCCAAUCACUGCGCAGGGCAUUCAGCCUGCGCCGAUAGGAGUGCAGGGGCUGCACACGUCUGCACCAAUCACCACGCAAGGGAUACAGCAGACACCCAUAGUUACUCAACAGCAGCAGCAACAAGCGCAGUCUGAAGCUAAACCUGGUGUUGUUUUGGCUGAUGGCUUUGUAGCUAGCCCCAUCAGCAGCACAUUCAGCACCACCCAGCCGGUACCCACCAUGGUGCAGGCACAUACCCAGGGAGGAGUAGGAGGAGCUCCAACCCUGGUCUCCUCCCCGAGACCCAGCAUCCUCCGCAAGAAGCCCGCUAAUGAAAGUUGUGUUCGCAAGAACCUGAUCCCCGCCCAGCCCAGUGAAGCCGGCAGUGGCCGACUUGAGAGUGGCGUAAGAGGAGCAGGAUCUCCCCGACCUGCAGGUGUGAAACCCAAAGCUGAAGUGCACAUGGCGGUGGCCCCUCCCGUCAUGGCAACAGUGGAAGCGCUGCCCUCUCAGGGAGGAGAUCAGCAGGCCGUGUCCUCAAACGCCCAGCACCUCGGCCAGGCCAUCCCCACCAUGCUCGCUACGCCGGGGCCCGUACCUCCCUCCCAGCCCUCCACUGUCCUCUCCGCCCUGCCAGCAGCCAUGGCUGUAACUCCCCCUGUUCCCGCUUCAAUGGCCAACACCGUGGCCUCCCCGACUCAGCCUGCAGCCAGUAGCACGGCAGCCUGUGCUGCCAGCUCCGCUUGCCCAGAUCUGAAAAUAAAGCAGGAGGUUGAGGCCAUGGACACCUCCCAGCCAGACCCCAAUGCCAACUUGUCAUCAGCCCCGGCCCUCACCACCCAGGCCUCCACCCUGAACACUCCUGCCACUGGAGAUAUGAUCCCAGGAGCCUCCCCGAGGAAGAAGCCCCGCAAGCAGCAGCAUGUUAUAUCAACGGAGGAGAGCGAGAUGGUGGAAACCAACAGCACAGAUGAAGAGAAGGCCCCAGGCAGGCCCAUCACCGGCCGGGCCGAGAGGCGCGAAUCUCCACCAAGAGAAUAUGUUGAUGAAGAAGGAGUGCGCUAUGUACCAGUCAGACCUCGACCACCUGUCACUCUUCUGCGGCACUACAGGAACCCCUGGAAAGCUGCGUACCACCACUUCCAGAGAUACAGCGACAUCCGGGUCAAAGAGGAGAAGAAGGGAAGCUUACAGGACAUGGCCAACCAGAGAGGAGUGGCAUGCAGAGCACAAGGCUGGAAAAUUCACCUGUGUGCCGCACAGCUCAGGCAGUUGUCGAGUUUGGAGCACGAUGUGUACAGCCGCCUCUCCACCCUUCAAGAGGGCCUGAUUCCCAAGAAAAGAGCCGGAGCCGAUGAUGAUCUUCACCGAAUCAAUGAGCUUAUACAGGGUAACAUGCAGCGCUGUAAGCUGGUGAUGGACCAGGUGACUGAAGCCAGAGACACCAUGAUGAAAGUGCUCGACCACAAGGACAAAGUGCUGAAGCUGCUCAACAAGAACGGUGCUGUCAAGAAGUCCUCCAAACUGAAGCGCAAAGAACGGGCAUAAGAGGGGGGGCGAGGGGUGGCCUUCUCUGUCGACAACCACCACCACCGCUGUCCCCUCUCUGACGGGGGCGAAGCAGCUGCUCAGAACUUGGUGCUAUGAUUUGCUGCAUACAAUCACACGCAGCCUCCCUAUCUGCUUAAGAGCGGACGGAGAGAAGUGACGGGGGCGCCUUUAAGGAAUCAGGAAUAGGUUCUCAUUCAAGACCCAACGCACAUAUUGAGCGUGGAGGAUUGUAGGCUGCAUUAAGAGUGGCUAACUGGACGGUCCUAUCUCCCCCCUCUCCUUUUUUUUUUUUUUUUUUUUUUGGUUUAUUUUUUGAAGAGACCAUUUUUACUAACUUAAUUUCUGCCUCUUGUUUUAAGACGAUGUUUGAACUGGCACAUUGUGUAUCUUUGAUAUUUGGCACUAAAUGCAGGUGCAGUAAAUCUAUGUUAAGUGAUGAAAGUGUUUCAGUUAAGGUGAACCACCUGAGAGUUAUCGAAUUAAAUCAAAAUAAUUUCAAAGAAGUCCUUCACGGACAAAUUUCACCGGGCACGGCGAGCACUCCCUGUGCGCCGCAGCCGCCGGAGCUAAUCACGGCCGAUCCAGUCAGUGUUUCAAACCUCAACAGGAGCGCCGCAGUCCAUUUCAGAAGCAUCCCAGGAGCAGCUCUCCACCGAGAAUACAUGUCUGAUCUAUUUUUGAGAGAUGUCGCAAGCUGCCAGCAUCGAUCUACACAGAGCAGCUUGAGCUGUGGCCAGAAGUCAGACACAGAAACGGCAAAGAAUCCGGUCGAUUUUCAAAAUAAAUAGAGGCUUUAUGCUUCUCAAGCAUAUUUAGAAGCACAUAAACUCAGUAAAAAAUUACCAGAUCUGAGCAAGUUAAUGAAGCCUGACGAGCGAAACGCUUCUGAAACGCUCCUGGUGGGGUUUGAAGUCAAACGGAGAACUGACUGAACAGUGUCACGGCCGCUAUGUGACGGAAGUCGUGCCCGGUUGGAUUUCACCUUUAGUGAGCUGUGUGUAUACAGACUAAUCUCAGUUGUGCUCUUCUCAUUAAUCGGUGCCUUCAUUUUGUCGGUGUACAUAAAAUGGACGGGGACGUGUGAACGCCGUUUCACACGAUGUUGAAACAUUCUUAAAAUAUCAGUCAGAGAAAAGUGUCACCUUCACCGCUUCCACUUUUUCUCCACACAUCCUGCACCUGGAUUUUAAUAGUCAAGACGUGUUCAUCUAGUGUGGGUAAACAGCUGCCUAUUUUCAGCCACAUGGAGGUGUAAUCUAAUAAAAGAUGAGAGAAUACUUAUGUGGUUUGAGGUAUAUAUACAUAUAUAAAAAAUGUGGCAAACUGAAUUAAAAAAAAAAAAAAAAAGCUCUUAAAGUAUUAAUAGUCAACAGAUGGUUACCUGGAGGUGGGAACAUAUUACUGCAAAUGCAUAAUGCCAAGUUAACUUGCUAUGAAUCGUCUACUUAAUCCAAAGUAAAUGGAUGUCAUAGUGUUAAAAAAAACACAAUAUUUUCCUUCGGUUUCAGAGAGUGCUUGAAAGACAGCGAGUGAGUGUCCUUGUGUGAUUAUACUGGUGGACUGAAUUCAUGUAAAUCACUGUAAAUGUGCUUUUGGUUUUCCAUUGACCCAGUUCUUUUCAAGUUUUGUACUCGAAACAUUUUGUGCUGUGUGACGCGCGGCGCUUCAUUUUGCAGAGUGUAACGAUAAUGACAUUAUGAGAUGAAGUGAGCCUGAAACAUCCAGCUAUUGUACAUUGUUUUUGUCUGUGUAAUUAUAGUAAAGAUACUUAAACAAUACCCUA